AUUCAAAACAUGAUAAAUAAAUAAUUCACAGCGGCAUUCCCGCGAUUCCCUCGAGGCAAUGCUGAGUUACAACUCGAAUGUAAAUCACAUCGAUCACCAAUAAAUUGGCAAUACUCGUAUAAAUUCCCAUUCGGAUUCUCAUACGACUGUUUUUUGUGUUAAAUAACACACGAUAACGCAUCGGCAAUAAAUACAACCCGAUAUUACAGAUAUUCGUUAGUAAAGUGUGUUACUUUCAAGCGCAACGAGGUGAAUUCAUAUUAAGUUAUUUAUUAUUAAUUAAAAGUAUUAAAUUACGAUGGCAAAUAACAACUUUGGUAUUUUGUUAUUUUUGUGGAGUAAUAUGUUGAUUUACUGUGGUUUGACUAAUGCUUAUGCAACAGGCACGAUUGCCAUGAAUAUUAUACUACGAGAAGAAUGGAACGCACGAGAACCAAUCGCCAAACAUAAUUUGACGGAACGACCAGCACCUUAUGUGGUCAUCCAUCAUAGUGCGACCCGAUCGUGUUUUUCGGAAGCAAAGUGUAAGAGACUCGUCAAGUCUUUUCAGAAUUUUCAUAUGGAUACACGAAAAUGGGACGAUAUCGCGUAUAAUUUUGUGAUUGGUCAAGAUGGUAAUGUGUACGAAGGACGUGGAUGGGGCCUUACAGGAAGUCAUGCUACAUCCUACAAUAAGUUUAGUGUUGGUAUUUGCAUAGCUGGAACUUUUACAGAUUAUUUGCCAAAUGAAAAAGCAAUGAACGCAUUAAAACAGCUCAUAAACUACGGUGUAGUGACAGGUGAAAUAAAAGACGAUUACAAGUUGAUUGGCCAUCGGCAAGCUACGGCAACGGAAUGCCCCGGAAAGACUUUAUACGAAACCCUGCAGAGUUGGAGUCAUUGGACACCUGACACCAUCGACCAGCGCCGCCGAUAAAAUUAUAAAUAUACGAGUAUAGCAAGCGGUAUCAUUAAAAAUAUAAAAAGGGCAGGAAGAAUGCGCAAAUAAAUCAAUAUAUCACCCA